CGUUAGAGGGGUCCGAGGUAGCCGAACCGUGCUGGAGAGACCAGACUCCCGCACAGUGCAUCUCGGAAGGCCGACUCCCCGGGGCUCUGGCCUGCGGAGCCGGGAGGAGGCCCACCCGCGAUUUCCCGAAGCCUCCCGACGGGAUGGCGGGCCGCGUGCCCGCGAUGCUCAGCGCGCGGCCUCUCCGCACAGCGCCGCCAUGUGGGGCGGCGAGCUGCCCCUGGCCCUGUGCGCGGACAUGUGCCCGGCGGCCGAGCGCGCGCAGCGGGAGAGGGAGCGCCGCCUGCACCGCUUGGAGCUGCCGCCGGCCGGACGCGGAAAUCCGCCCCGCGCGGAUUCGCGCAGAGUCGUAAAGGAGUACCGCCGGCCUGCCGCUGGCCAGCCCCGGCCCCCACCCAGCCUGCUGCGGCCGCCGUGCGUACUCCUGGCCACCGUGCGCUACCUGGCGGCCGAGGUGGUCUGUCGCACCGACGCGUCGCGCGCCGAGGUGGCGAGCUUCGUGGCCGACCGGCUGCGCGCCGUGCGGCUGGAUCUGACGCUGCAGCGCGCGGCGGACCUCGAGGCGGCGGCGGUACUGGAGGCCGUGCUGGCCACGCUGCUGGCCGUGGUGGCGCGGCUCGGCCCGGAUGACGCGCGCGGGGGGGCCGACCGGGUGCUGCUGCAGACGCAGGUGCAGGAAGGCUUCGGCUCGCUGCGGCGCUGCUACGCGCGGAGCUCCGGGCCGCACCCCCGCCAGGCCGCCUUCCAGGGCCUCUUUCUGCUCUACAACUUGGGUUCUGUGGAGGCCCUGCAGGAGGUUCUGCAGCUGCCUGCUGAACUACGUGCCUGCUCGACCCUUCAAAAUGCCCUGGCUGUUGACGCUGCCUUCCGUGAGGGCAAUGAUGCCCGCCUGUUCCGCCUGCUUCGGACCUUGCCCUACCUACAAAGCUGUGCGGCGCAGGGCCAUGUUGACCAUGCUCGCCGCAGAGCCCUGGCCCGCCUUUCUCGAGCCCUGAGCACCCCUAAGGGGCAGGCCUUGCCACUGGACUUCAUGGUGCACCUCCUGGCCCUGGAUGGACUCCAUGAAGCACGCGACUUGUGUCAGGCCCAUGGACUGCCUUUGAAUGAGGACAAAGUGGUGUUCCUGAGGGGUUGCUACGCCGAGAAGGGACUCCCACCAGCCAGUACCUGUGAUGUGUUAGUGGGAAGCAAGCUGCAAGGACGAACCCUGGAGGAGGUGGUCAUGGCAGAAGAGGACGAGGAGGGUGUACACAGACCUGGGUCUCCAGCUUGAGGGGGUUGCUGUGAAGUCUCCCCCAAGGGCUGGACCAGAGCACCUGGGUUCUUCAUGAUUCCCAGACAAUAAAAGAGACUUGUUUUGUA